AUGAAGGAAGAAAAUAAAUCGAGCCUGCCUAAAGAGCCAAGAAUUUUUAAAAUCAUCGUUGUCGGAGAUUCAAAUGUCGGAAAGACAUGUUUGACGUACAGAUUCGUGGAAGAACGCUUUCCGAGCAACACAGAAGCGACAAUCGGCGUAGAUUUCCGCGAAAAACGAGUGCAAGUCGACACAGAAACGAUCCGCCUCCAAAUUUGGGAUACUGCUGGGCAAGAACGAUUCCGGAAGUCGAUGGUUUCACACUAUUAUAGAAACGCGGCCGCUGUUAUUUUUGUCUAUGACGUGACUUGCGAGCAGAGCUUCCGGAAUAUUCCCAAAUGGAUUACAGAAGCAGAUCAACACAUUUUACACACAGAUGUUCCUCGAUUACUGGUCGGGACCAAGAACGACUUGGAAAGUCAAGAAGUGAUCAGGCAGCGAGCUCAAAGAUUCGCUGAUGCUAACUUUUUGCCCUUAUUCGAAGUUUCAGCAAAGAGCGAAGCCAGCCAGAGCCAAAUAAAUGCAAUUUUCCUCACCGUGGCGCAUAAACUCAAGCAACAACGGCCGUUAAUUCCCAAGCCAGCAAACCAACCCGUGAUGAUCGAAUGGGAAGAGGAUUCCAGCUCAAGUUGUUGCUGA